AUGGCUUCAGCAUCGAGCGCCGGAAGGCUGUGCGUUAUGGCCUGCCGGCAAGCUCUUCGAGUGCCUCGGAUGCCUCGAACACAGCCAAUUGCCUGGCACGCUCCGACAAUAAGCCGAGCAUUUGCGACAACUCCACGACGCUCGGCAAACGCAAAGGCCGGUCAGGGGGGAGAGGAUGGCGAUGGCGAUGCGUACAAGACGCUGGAUCUGAAAUCGAUGAACAAGGCUUUCCUGGACAGCGUCACCCCCGAGAGCUUGAGGCAGCUGGACGAGCUUGCCAAGAACAACGGCUACACGAGCGUGGACGAGUAUCUUGAGGCAACACUGCGGGAGACUCCGGGCUGGGCUUCAGAAGACAGAGCGCUGGAAGAGGACCUUUUCAGAGACGAUGCUGGCGAGAAGCCGAACAAGUCAUCUUUCUGGUUUGACGAGGAGGACCCUGAAACCAACACGGAGGAGCACGAUGAGUUUGACGAGGAUGAUAUCACGUCCAUGGCACACGGCAAGCUUGACGAGAUACGGGAUAUGAGACACUAUGCUCGAUUGGCAAUCUGGGAGAUGCCGCUUCUUGCUAAAUUCGCCAAGCCAUUCGUUCCCCCUACAGAGAAGCAGGUGUUGAGAUGGAGGUACACGACAUACAUGGGAGAGUCUCACCCCGCUGAGAAGAAAGUGGUGGUGCAGUUUGCUCCUGACGACUUGAAACUCACACCUGUCCAGACCGAGAAACUGAAGAAGCUCGCUGGCCCGCGAUACAACCCAGAGGCGGAACUCGUCAAGAUGAGCUGCGAGAGCUUUGAACACCAGGCGCAGAACAAGCAGUACCUGGUCAACCUGGUCAACGACCUGAUUACGGCGGCCAAGGACCCCAAGGAUACUUUUGCGGACAUACCCCUCGACCUGCGGCAUCACAAGAUCGAGCCGAAGCCCCGGUUCCCCAAGGAGUGGCGGCUUACGGAGGAGAGGAAGAAGGAGCUGGCUGAGAUCCGCCAGAAGGCGGCGAUUGCCGAUGCUAAGAAGGCCGAGGAGGGACUGUUGGUGGAUGGACAGAAGCUGAUUGACAACUUCUUGAUACAGAAGCUGGCGGAGGAGCAAGAGAAGGAGAGGGUCGCGGAGUUGGCGGCUGCAGUACCAAGGAUGGGCAAGGCAUCUGGAGGGGCAGCUAGGUUGAGGAGGUGA